AUGGGCUUCCCGUCCUCGAGUUCACUCCGACGACCCUGCGAUGAGCGCAUGGAGCAGGCUCCAAGUGGCUCAGAUACUCCUUUGGUUCCGAAAGAAGCACCUUGCUUGGGCUCUUUUCCAGCAUCCAAUCUCCAGAGAAGUGGCGGAACAAUCAAGCUGAAGAAACGAAACAAAAAGGCAAAAGAGAAUGCGUGCUCGACAAGAUCCUCGAAUCAGGCCCAGGAAAGACGACAAAAGUCCGGAAAAGCAGAGGCCGACGAUUCGGGACAUCUCAGACAGAGUGAUCAACCCGCUCUUCACCACUCCCUACUUGGAUACCGCAUCAACUACUCUGCGGACUCAGUCUCUCCCAAGGCCUCCAUCUCUUGCCUGCCUAUUGCUUUCCCAUCGACGGCCGGCCACGCAUAUAGAAAGGAACGCGCCAAACUGAACGCCUCGUGGCCGUCGCCAAGAAAGAGUUUGCCGACUGGCGACAUUCUUAUUGCCGAGGUCUCUUCCAGCACCCUUGCGACCGUCCGAGACAAGAUGGGCCCUGGAGCCGGAGGCGCGGUCUCUGCUGCUGCUGCUGCUGCUGCUGUUGUUGUCAAGACCGAUGACAGUGAUGACCGAUGGACUGACGAGCGGGGAUUGUUGUCAAGGGGAACUUGGAAGAGAAGGGAAGGAACGUCUGGUGAGUAA